CCAUCGAGCGCGCGCUCCUAGCCAGCCGUAGCUAUGGAUGACUCGGAGCCCGACGGUCCAAAUGGGAGACUUGAAGAUGGACGAAAACGAAAACGACGCGGACAAUUGCAAGCACCGAGUGAUUCAAAAAAGAGUCUAGAUGACAAGAUGCAACAGCUGCUAGAGCAACACAGCACGAUGCUUGCUGUUUUCGCUUCUAGGAAGACACGUGUGUAUGCAGCCAAGACACAGUGUGACAAGGAUAUUAAUGCUAUGGUGGACUACAUGUUGAGAAUAGACGACGAGACGCUGACUGCGGAUUUGUUACCAGUUUUGUUAUCAAUUGUGCAGGUGGGAAAGGGCCAUAAUAACGUUGAUAUGCCUUCUCUAUCUAUGGGAGCUUGCUUAGAGCUUCUUCCACUCCUUCAUCCAUUACUUGACUCAGAGCAUGAAAGCUAUGUGAUCAAGGCCACAGACUUUCUACUAGCUAUUGUUAAACACUGGUGGAAUGAUUUUCUGGUCAUGACAACAGGAGCUAACAAGACGGGUCUAGAAGCGAGCUUGAGUACUCCAGGUGUAUACACAUCUCUUGUGGCUAUGACAGACAAAGUAGGCAAAUUUGUUGAGAAAAAGUCAAAAGUGGGAACCAAAGCCAAGGCAUUGUUUGACAUGCUGUUGCAGUUACAAUGAAUACCGGUCUAAUAGAAGGUCACUUGAACUACAUAUUUAUAAUUUUCAAUAGCUAAACAGUUUGCUGUAGUUAGUUGUAUGUGUGAAUAGAUGGCUAUGGCUAUGACUGUGUGAUUGCCACUAUAGAUUGUAUUUACUAAUUUUAAAAGUUAUCUGUAUUUUGUUGGACAUCACUACACUGUACAAAAAAGUUGCA